UGAGACUGAUCCAAAACAAGCUGUACUUGAUGGUCUUAUUGGACUACAUUCACUUCCAACACUUAUUAAAGCAAGAAAGAUAUAUUCAUCAUUAAAGAAAGCUGAAUUAUUUGUGGUAGAAAGUGUUAUUGGAUAUAUGGUAAACCUAGAAUUGGCUCAGAAUAAGUGGUUUGAUGGAUAUUCAGGAGAAGAUGUUGUACUUAUUGAUGACUUUGAUAAAGGAGGUUCUAUUCUAUCACAUUACUUGAAGAUAUGGGCUGACUCAUACAAGUUUGUAGCUGAAGUAAAAGGAGCUAUUGUAUAUCCAUUGUAUACAACAUUAGUUAUAACAAGUAACUAUCUUCCUGAAGAGAUAUUUGAAGGUGACUAUGAAUUACUUGAAGCUAUUAGAAGUAGAUUUGUCACAAUACAUAUGACUGAUAGAGAUCAACAAGACAAGAUAAUAGAGAUAAUGAAGAACAAGAAAGGAGAUGAAGGUGGUCUUAUGAAAGAAGUAGACGACAUUGUCUG